AUGCCCGUCGAUUACAGCAAAUGGGACGCGCUGGAGCUCAGCGAUGACUCGGAUAUCGAAGUGCACCCAAACGUCGAUAAGCGAUCUUUCAUCCGGGCGAAGCAGAACCAGAUUCAUCAAGAGCGGCAGCACCGCAAACUACAGAUCGAGACCCUCAAGUACGAGCGCGUCGUCAAUGAUGGCUUGAUCAAGCGCAUCUCGGCCCUCCUGGCGUCGCUACGAGCCCAUGCCUCCGAGGCCGCGACUAGAAACCCGGCCGAGGUUGCUUUCCAGGCGGUUAUGGAGUCGGCUGGGAACCCUAAGGACGAUAAGCCUCCUUCGCCGCCUGAGGGUGUCCAUACACAGGAGAAGGAGCAGCCAUCGUACACCAAGAUGAUGGCCACUCUGCUGGAUCAAGUCAACAAGGCUCUUGACGAAAAGAAUCCCGAGAACCGAUACGAGGCAAUGAUUGCCGAGAUUCAGACGCACGAGGAUAAGAUUGAGAACCUGCAAAAGGAGUUGGUUGUGAAGCUGGAGCAGCUCCAGGCAGAGGAGAGCCGCAAGAUCACCAGCGAGAGCAUCCACACCGGGUUUGACAGCUCGUACGUUGCCAAGUCGACACCGGCCGACAAGAAGCAGGAGUCUACACAGGUGGAACUACUGAACCCCAACUUUUCCGGUGCAGCAUCAGGCUCCAGUGCCGGAAAGGAAGAAGUCAAGGUGGACGACGAUGCAGACAUUGAGGCCUCGGCAGCGGGAAAGAAGUUUGGCUCGAUCAAGGCCAAUGACUACUCGGCAAGUCUCCAGUUCCUGUCGCAGAACCCGCAGAUCCUGGUGGAGCGGGAGACGGACGGGCUGCUGGUCUUGGCCUUUGACGCUGCUCUUGAGGGCAAGGAUGAGCUUUCGAGACAAUACGUGCACCAGGCUCUCCUCCUUCAAUACUGCCGAGCUCUGGGCAAGGACGGUGUUGGACUGUUCUUCAAGCGCAUCACGACCAAGGGACAUCAGGCCCAGGAUGUAUUCUACAAGGAUGUGCAGGACACGUACGUGAAGAUCCGGACGAGGUCCAAGGAGAUCCUGGCGGAGCGGGCCAAGGAGGGAGAGACGGAGGGCGUCGAGCAGAUCCAGCUGCAUGCCGUGGAACCUGGUACAGUCAUUCAGAUCACAGUGCCGGCAGCGGACAGCCAGGACCCCGAGGAGCAGGAGGCGCGCAAGAUCUUUGAGAGCUUUAAGCCCGAGAUGCGCAAGGCUCUGGAGUCGGGCAAAUUGGACGAGGUGAACAAGGUUCUGGGAGAGAUGAAGGUUGACGAGGCUGAGGAGCUCGUUGGUCUAUUUGGCGAGGCCAACAUUCUGAGUUUGGAAGAGCAGAUAAUCGAUGCGACGACAGAGGAGGGACAGAAGCAGCUCAAGGAUAUCGAGGCAGCUGCUGCUUCAGACAAGAAGCAAGAGUAUGGAGACCCUGAGUAA